AUGAACAGCAACAAGCGCUCAACAUUCGUCUUCUACAGCAAUAAGCCUGGCGAUCGCGCAAGUUCAAGACGAACUAUCAAUCGACAUAUAUCGAAGCUCGAGAAGGAGAAGCGUGAUCGUCGGAAGCUUGCAGCAGGAGCCACUGAACCUGCUCUUGCCGAGAGCGACCUCGAAGCUGGCAGUCACGUGAAUGAACGUGGCGAUGUGUUUUCGAGGCAGCCACAGCUUCCGUUGGCGAAGAGUAUGGGUGCCUCAUCGUACUACCCAUGUGUGCCGACGUCUGAGAAGCCACCGGACGCGUGGGCAGCUUGCCAUCGCUAUCUGAACGAUUUGAUAUGGCACGACAAUGGCACACUGGGUCUGGAUAUCAGGAAAGGCCAUGAGCGCACAGCAGCGAUGACGAGGUGGGCUCUCUCAUACGACCUCAUCUUUCACGCUCUCGUCGCCUGGACUCUGUGCUGUCUGCCUGAAAGUCAAGACAGUAAGACUUUCGUUGGACAACGCUUACUUUACCAUCGUGGACAGACACUCAAGAAACUUCACGAGCAGCUUUCUAAGGGUGUGGUAGAUGACGUACUCAUCCAAGGCGUCGGUCUGCUCAUACCUAUCGACGACCAUCUCGGCUAUACAGACUUCACGCAAGCUCAUUUGAACGGAAUAGAGCGAAUGAUACAACGGCGAGGUGGACUCGACAAGGUCGGAAGCUCGGAACCAAGCAUAGGCCUACAGCUAGCAAUGAUGGUCUCAAUCAGCACCACGAAGCUGAGCAUCAACACUGCGCCAGCCACACAUAGCAGGUCACUGCCCAUGGAUAGUGCCGAUACGUCGUCCUUGUCCUACCCAAUCGGACCAGCGCUUGCGCCCUCGCUCGCUUUUGAAGUGUCCCGUCUGCCAUCAGGUUUCGCCAACCUGGUCAGCAAGGGCCUCCUCUCCCUUGAAAUGAUCGCCAUCCUCGCGGAAUUUGAGACCUGGCUUGCCACCCUCAAUCGGCUACCAGAUGACGGGCCAGAACCAAUGGCAUACAGAUUCGCUGUGCCGUCCGGUCUGACGGAUCUAGAGAAGCACAUCUGUACUGCACUCAUCUGCCUGACCGAUGACUUGACGUCCAUGGGCACGUUCUAUGCAGCACUGGUCUUUAGGAAGCCACUAAAGCGCACGAAAAUGCUGUUCGAAGACCUGCCGAACCUGUGGUUUUCGCAUGGCAACGACCACGAAGAUGUUCUGGUAUGGCUAGCAACAGUCAUCACGACCCCCAGACGGCCAGAUCUCGCACCUACGGAGAUGCGAAAGACUUUUUACGAGCAGCUUAUUCUGAGGAAUACACGCCUGAGGUCAUGGAACAACGUGGAACAGAUUCUCGGCCGCUUCUUCUACCCAAAGAGGCGUGCGUGGGCUUGGAUGGAAAGUUGGGAGGACAUCUAUCGUCAACACUCCGAGAAAACGACUCAAGUCGGGUCUUCGACAGCAUUAGUAUCUAGCACUCCAAUACUAGCAUGCGCAUGA